CGAUGAGACCCGAUAGAUUGAAUGAUGUAUGAAUGACUUGUUCCAUCUACCAUUACAAGGUCAUCAACUCCAAAAAAUCAUUCAAGCAAGCACCUUUUGACCAGCGAAGCUCAAGAAAUAUAAAGUAACGCAAUGUUGUUCAUCUUGAAUUAUCCCCGCAUCUAGCAAGGUCAUAACAUUGCUCUCCUACACAUCUAAGUCACCUCCAUGGAUUCAAAUGCUAUCUCAUCAUGGGAACAUCGCCGUUCGCGAUUAAAGGAGUUGACUGAAGAACCAUGCAUUACCCAAGCACAUCAAGAAGCCCUGUUUGCUGCUUUACAUCUACCGCAAACGGAUGAGAAUGCAGCGAAUACGUGUGCUUGCAAUACAAAAUCCCAUUAUCUGGUCGAUCAAAAUGAUGAGAAUGAACGACUAGGCAGGCAAUUGGAUCUUUCAAUGGCAAUCUUAUGGUCCAUAAAAAAGGAAGUCCGAGAGUCAAAUCUUGCACGAUUAAGAGCCUCGAGAGUGCUGAAAGGCAUGUCUUCCGUGUGUCUUACUGAUUCAAGUCGAGAUUUCAUAUCAAUCAAUUGCUUAGAGUCCAAUCGUGAGGGGACUGUAGAGCUAGUACGCUCAAGAUUCGAUCGAAAAAUCUAUAUUCUCAAAUCCACUACAAAAGGAGCUGCCAAGAGAGGCUUCAAAUCAAACGCACCUAUGAAUGAACGGAGACUUCUCACUUUGGCACAAAAGGAGAUCAGAGGACGAACAAGCUUCACACCUUUUUGCAUCGCCUCUUUUCAGAGUCAAGCAAGCUUGCAUAUCUUGAUGGAAUAUUGUCCUGCAGGUGACCUUUAUCAUUUUCUCGAAAGUGCUGGUCAAGCACCAAAAGAUCACGAAGCACGCAACAGGACGGGUGGUCUCUUAUCUCUUCAAUACGUCCGGUCGUAUGCUAUCGAUAUGGUGGCUGCCGUCUCUUGGCUUCACGCCCAAGACUUCAUGCACAGAGAUAUCAAACCAGGAAAUUGGCUCAUAGACCGAUCAGGUCACCUGUUGAUGUGCGAUUUAGCAAGUUCGGCGCCUUUUGCACGAUUUGAUGAAGUACCAGCAACGGCAAAUUUACCAUUCGCAUCUGGUGGUGGCGGGAAUGGCGGUCUGAGACGGAGCAAAAGAAAUCAAAGAAGGGUGCUCUAUCGUCAUUGCUGCUUGAUCGGGACGGCAGACUACAUUGCACCUGAAAUAUUUUGGUCGGCAGAUCUGAUGAGUCGCAGACGUCAAAGACAAGACUUUUCAUACCUCAGCAGUAUGGAUGCCUCCUCUACACUUCUCAACAAUUCAAUGCAAAGCGAAGAAGAAGGAGAGGAUGAUGAUGAACCACCGCCGGAAGGACCAGGUCUAUAUGGGCCUGAAUGUGACUGGUGGAGCGUUGGAGUGCUCUUGUACGAAAUGGUCUUUAAACAACUGCCUUUCUUCUCCGAGAAGAUUGCCGACACGAUGGAGAUGAUCAAGAAUCACAAAGACUAUUUUCGAAUGGAUCACAGGGUGAAUUGCUCUGAGCAGUUGCACGAUCUGAUCACCUGCUUAAUCACGGAUGCAGAUCGUAGACUUGGCACAUUUUCGUCAUCAGAGGUACAACAGCAUCCUUUCUUCCUUGGAGUAGAUUGGUCUAGACCGUGGCAAAAUCCUGCACCUUUUAUUCCACAUUUGGAAACCAUCGCCGACACCAGUGAUGGCUCCUGUCAACCAGAGCCCUCAAUUCUACAUAGUCCCAGCGCUGGGAUGAAUAGCCAAUCGUUCGAUGCUGGACCAAUGAAUUGGUCAAAAGUGUGGGCAAACGAUGCCAAUGACUUUCCUGGCUUUCCAAAUUCUGUUGAAAUAUCUCGUGCUGCGUUGGACGAACGUUCUGGUGGGAAUUGCGGUGGUAAUCUUAAUCAAUCGCAACAUAUUUCCGAGGCUAAUUUGAGUAAAAUGUCGCAUCGAGCAGGCAAUUCGUACUUUGAUCAAUCGCAUUCUCAUGAACGUACCACGGUAGCACAAUGGUCUGGCUUGGAUCUGACGUGGUUUGGUUUUUCUUACGUUCCGCCUUUUGAUGCGUUUGAUACAUCUCAGAUAGAAGUACAGAGCCAGUUGUCAUCUUCAUCGCCUCUCUCUCAGAAGCCGGAUUCGUCAAACGUCAGUGGUAUCUUGUCUGGUGCUGAUGUCUCAGCGCCAAUAGAAUCCACUCCGCCGCAAGCCAAGAAGACAUUCGAUCAUCGGUCAACAUAUAAGCACCGUGCGAGUCUCCAUCGUCACGCAGUGCAAACAGCCACAAAGAUGAGGGGGGCUUCGGGAUCGAUCAGUAUACAUGAUGGGCGUUUUGUUACACCUGUUCGGCAAAGAUCUUACAGUAAUUUAAGUGACCCCGCAGGUAAUAGUUCAACGGCCAUACCAGUUCCCGCCUCUCCUUACCCUUUCCCUGUCGCACAAUCAGCAAGACCAAAGAAGACGCCUUACACUGGGAAUGUAUUGAAGAGAAAUGAUCUAGAGCGUGCACGCUCAGCCUCGGCGUCUGGGGAAGGAUCGGAUUCGAGAUGCUCGGGAGGUAGUAAUGCUAAACGUGAGAUUUCAGAGCGUGAAGCAUGGCGGGAGUUGAAGAUUGCGGUAAUGCAAAGUGCAAAAAAAGGAAGACGUGCUGGCCAGGAAACGAUGGCAAGAGAUGAUGACGAUGAAGAAGAAGAAGAGGUUAACGCAAAGAGUCGAGCUGUAAAUACUUCAAGUGAUUCAGUGGCCGAUGAGUCGCAUGUGCCAAAGAAUGCUUUGCGAAAUCAAAGAAAAUCCGAAGGCGGUGGAGAUCGUAGAUCGGUAAGACUCCAGCUGACAUCUUUCGAUAAACGUCCGGCAACGGCAGGCUAUAGCCAGCCCAGGCAACCGUUGGAACCGAUUCUGGAUCUAUCACCUACGAAUCGUUCCAUCUCACCAUUAUCUAUGGCAUCAUCUGCAUCGCCGGCAGAGAGUCCAGAUGGUGGAGGUGGGAUGAUCCCUACGCUAUCCGCACUCAGUCGCACAACACCAAAAUCACAAGCGAUUGGAAGGCAAAAGAGUGCGAGACAAUUACUGCUUAAAGCUCAACACCGUGAUACACCGACAAGGGUAGCAAGAAGCGCAAGUCCGAUGCUCACUGAGCCGCCAGGAAAUCUGACCGCCUUUUUGGGCAAGCCAGAAGAGAAUGAAAUCACACGAAAGACUGGUCAACUGACCCGUAUGAAUUCCGGCAUUGCAAACACACUCAAAAAGGUGGAUAUAGAACCGUCAGUUGAACCAUUAGGAGAUGCUAAUCAUACGAUGGCACCUAUGCCGAUUGUUCGAUUCCAACGUCCGCAUUCAAGUGCGAUAUUCCGUCGCCGUGAGAGUCAUGAGAUUAUGUCACAAUAUCGCAAAGGAGUGAAUCCGGAAGCAAGAUUGGAAGAUGAGAAUGCACCUGGACAUGUUUCUGCAGAAGAAGUUAAUCAUACGAACGCACAUAUGCCAAAAGCGAUUGCCCUAUUCAAACGUAGACAUUCAAACAUGCCGCUGCUCCGUCAUCGUGGUAGUCUUGAGAUUAUGUCGCAAUUUCGCAAAGGAGUGAAUCCGGAUGCAGGAUCGGAAGAUGAGAAUGCACCUAAACAAACCCCUCCAACUUUAGUCAUAAAUACAGCGGCAAGCAAUAAGAUCAAUCAAGUCGGAGGAUGGUUGAGUAGUCCAGGCCUGCCAAGCCACCCUGAUACGUUUGGCGGAGCUAACCCACCCGCAAGUGAUAAUGAAGGUUACCCUUCAUCGUAUUAUAUGAGGUCGGUAUCUGCUCCUACUAUUAGGGAGCCUUUACGUACGAUUGAAAGGCGGGAUGACGAAUUGGAUCGCUAUCAACAAUAUCAUAAUGAAAUCGAAGAAGGGCUCCACGAAAUGGAUGUUAAGUUGGCUAGACUGAAAGCAAGUCUGCAAGACUUUUAUCCCCCCAACGGUUAGCCAAACGGUUAAUCUUUGCUCACUCUUUAAGUUACACCUUUUGCUUUAUCUUGUACCAGUAUUUUACCUUAAUCAUGCUAACCCAAUAAAU